UCUAAACAAAAUUUUAAAGAGAAAUUUAUUUUAAAAGGGGUACAAAUAUUAAUCAUCCUGAUUUGUUUUAGAUCGAUUGAAAAAGAAAGGGAAAGAAGAGAAAGAAGGAUUUUGUUCAACAAUGCAAAUUCCAAUGCUUUUACAACAUUGUCUCUUAUUAUCAUCACUUCUUUUUUCAUUACAACAAUUACCUACCUAUGCUGCCCCUAAGCAUUAUAUAGUCUACUUGGGCUCUCACCACGCAGAACCUCGUUUAUUAGCCAGUCCCGAGACUAUUACAAAGUCCCAUCAUGACUUGAUUUCUUCUGUAUUAAGGAGUGAUUCUGAAUCAUCUUCAGAAAGGAUAAUAUAUUCUUAUAAUAAGAUAUAUAAUGGCUUUGCUGCAACAUUACACGAAGAAGAGGCCAAUGAACUCUCAAAGCAUCCAAGUGUUGUAUCAAUAUUUGAAAGUCGAAUUCUUGAAUCGACAACGACUCGAUCAGCGGAUUUCUUAGGAUUACAUUAUCCACCUUCCAACCUUGAAGAUUCAAUAUGGCAUAAGGCAAACUUAGGAGAUGAUAUCAUUUUAGCAAACAUAGAUUCCGGUGUGUGGCCGGAGAUUCAAAGCUUUUCUGAUGAUGAAAACUAUGGCCCGAUUCCCAAAAAGUUCAAAGGAGCCUGCGAAAAUAAAUAUGAUCCGACAUUCAAGUGCAAUAGGAAGCUUAUAGGAGCCAGAUAUUUUUACAAGGCCAUGGAGAAGAAUAGUAAUUUACAAGAAAAUUGUACUUUCAAUCAAAAGUUGAGCCCUAGAGAUGACACAGACGGGCAUGGCACCCACACCCUAUCAACGGCGGGAGGGAGUAUCGUCCCAUUCGCAAGCUGGGGAGGACUCGCGAAUGGGACAGCUAUAGGAAUGGCACCAAAAGCGCGAUUGGUGGCCUACAAGACGAAUUGGAACGUUCAAUGCCCUACAUUUAAAACCAUAGGAAGCAAUGAAAUAGAUGUAAUGGCUGCUUUCGAAGCUGCUAUUGAUGAUGGCGUUGACGUUAUAAAUUAUUCUCAAGCAUCAAACAAUAGUGCUUAUCUAGAUGAUGGUACGGGAAUUGCUACCUUCCAUGCCAUGAAGAAUGGCAUCCUCACUAUUGCUGGUGCGGGAAAUAGUGGGCCGAAUGCCGGGACUGCUGCAAAUAAUUAUCCAUGGGUGCUAUCUGUUGGUGCGUCUACUAUUGAUCGUGUUUUUUCUGCUCACGUUCUGCUCGGCAACAAUCAAAAGAUCAAGGGUACACGGUUUUAUGAUUUUGUAUCAAAAGUUGAUGUUCCUAGUGAAUUGUACCCACUAAUCACUGGUGCAGAUGCUCGCAUAUCUGGUGCUAAUGUUAGCGAUGCAUCAUUAUGUCAAGGAGGAAGUAUCGAUGUUACGAAGGUGACGGGAAAGAUUUUGGUAUGUCGCAACGCUGGAAGAAUUGUUGCAAAAGAUGAAACAUUGGCUAGUGUUGUAGCUAGAGAUGCUGGGGCUGUUGGGAUGAUCUUUGUAUAUGAAGAGAAGAUAGGAGAUGGAUUUACCCUUAGCCAAUUUCAUGCAGUCAACACUAUAGUUCUUAGCUAUAAAGACGGCGAAACUCUUUUUUCUUAUAUUAACUCUACAAGGACUCCAACCGCGUCAAUCAGUGGCGUAACAAAUACAUUGGGAGUAAAGCCAUCUCCGAUCAUGGGUUCUUUCUCAUCGAGGGGUCCAAACCAGAAUAACCCUGGUAUUUUAAAGCCUGAUGUUACAGCUCCUGGGGUAGAUAUUCUCGCUGCAUGCCCUCCAGAAAUCUUUCAAAGUUCUUAUUGCAUGAAAACCGGAACAUCAAUGGCAACUCCUCAUGUUGCUGGUAUUGCGGCUCUUAUUAAGAAGGUACAUCCGGAUUGGAGUACUGCAGCUAUUAAAUCCGCAAUCAUGACAACAGCAAGUCCCCUAGACAAUGAUGGGAUGCCUAUACGUGAUAGUAAUAAGACAAGUGAUGCUACACCAUUUGCAUACGGAUCGGGCCAUGUUAAACCCAAUAUGGCAAUGGAUCCAGGGUUGGUAUAUGACAUGAACCAAUAUGAUUACCUAAACUUCAUAUGUGCAUAUCCUCCUGAGAGUACAACUCUUAAAGAAUUUAGCCAACAACAUUCUUACAAAUGCCCGCGCUCCUUCAACAUCUUGGAUUUCAAUUAUCCUUCCAUAUCUAUCGUGAAUUUUACCGGCAAUGCGAUAGUUACUCGGAAGUUGAAGAAUGUUGGACCACCAGGAACCUACGUUCCACGGAUUGAGCCGCCGCCGGGUGUCUCAAUUAUGGUGGAGCCUAAGACUUUGGUGUUCUCUCAAAAAGAUCAAAUCAUUGUGUUUAAACUUAUCCUUACAGCGGAUAUCAAUCAUCUCUCCACCGAUUACAUUUUUGGAAGCUUGGUAUGGUCCGAUGCUAAACAUGUUGUUAGAAGUCCUAUUAUUGUCAAGGCCAAAAAUAAGUAGAUAGUUAGACUAUUGUAAAUUCAAGCUACGUUUGGUGAUGUUACGAGGUUAUUAAGAAAAAUAAAUAAGAUAGUGAAAAGUAAUUAUUACAUAUCACAUAUAUGAAAUAUUAAUUCAACGUUGGAAAUAAGAAUAAUUAUUUGCGUUGGAAAUAGGUAAAUAGUUAUGUAUUUAGAAAUAAUUUCAUUGGAUUUAGUUAAUUAUUUUAGUAAUGUAUGAGAAUAGUUGUAUUGGAAGUAGGCAUAUAUGAAGAGAAAUGUGUAAAAUAAUUUACAUUGAUCUAUUGAAAUGUAACUUUUGGAAACGCUUAAAUAAAGGGAUUAUCAUUUUUUCAUUUUUACACUUUUAAGUUUUAACAAAGAUACUACUCCUUUUGUUCCUUUUUUCUUUACUUUUUUCAUUUUGGCUAUUCAUCUCUAUUUUUUUACUAGGUUAAACCCCCGUUAGAUGAUAACUUAAGUAGCAGUUGCAAGAAUUAAUUGUAUGCUUUUUGUUAAUUUAAAAUUUGAUUUUUUUUUCGUGGCAGCUAGAGAACUACCUGUUAUUUCUUCUGCAAACAUUCUUACGGAGUAAGACAUAACUCUUCAGAAAGAGCCCAAGUUUUUCAUUCUAAUGAAAAAUACAUAUUAUUUAUUAAGUGGAAAGGUCGUACUAGUACUUGUAACAGAGAUCUACUCUUUGUAAAUAUAUUAGUAACAAAAUGUCCUGUCUUCGUACAUCCACAACUCUACUUCCC